AUGAGGGUUUUGCCAAUUUGGACUCUACAUGUAUUAUUGUUAGUGUUUAUGUUGAUUGGAUUUACGAGUUGCGAAUUCGAUUUGGAUUUCGUGGAUGCCGAAUCUGAGGUGGAAGAUGAUGCUAUUAGAAGAGCCCCCCAAUAUGAUCGUUUAGAUGAAGUGAAAAAAGCAUGUUCUAAAGUCAUAUCUUCUGCUACUGAACUGAAAAUUGAUGACAAUGUAAUUGAUAGGAUUAAGAAUGAGAUUUUCUUUAAUAAUGGAGAUUGGGAGCAAGAAGGAACUAGUGCACCUUUGUUGCCAUUUGAUGAUAGACCACCGAGAAUGUCAUCUAGUUAUGAUUAUGAACUAUACAACGCUUCUCGUUUGAUGCCGCCGUAUAAGCUUGUAUCUUUCAAAUUGACUGAUGUUAGCAGUGCUCAUCGGUCUAAAAGGAUUGUAGCUGUCAAUGGCUAUCUUUAUUUUGUGAUUACCUCUAGUCUCCCUUUGGCAACUAUGAGUGAACGAGUGCUUAAAGGCCCAGAAUUUUCCAUGUGGAGCCAACAUUCUCAGCUUCUUAUUAGUCUCCAAGGGGUAUAUGCUGAAUCAAGAAAAAAUGGUGGGGAGAAAAUGCUGUGUUUGUUGGGUAGCACCAUGCUGCCUUCCCGUCAGCCUGAUUCUAGUGAUUCAGGCUCAAGUGAUAAUCAGCCAACUCUGCUGCAGGAUGAGCAAAUCCUAAUCGUUCUUAACAUUCCAAAGAAAGCUAGUCUAAAGAACAGGGCCAUUCAAGGUGAGGUGCGGAGUUUAAACUCGAAAACAAGUCCAAAGUACUUUGAUAAAGUUAAAAUCACAUCUCAGAUGCAGGCUAAUGCUCGUGACUAUGAAUUUAGCUCUGAUGAGAUUAUAGCAAAGGCAUGUAAUCCAUAUCCAUACUCGGAUACUUCCAUAAGUAGCGGCAUAGAGCCCUACAAGGGUGCUGAUUUUUGUUCAACACUUAAAAAAAAUUCCAUUGAUAGGGCUUUUGUAGUUGUGCCUCAUUGGCAAUGCAAUGGCACUGAUGAAUUUUGUAGCAAGUUUGGUCCUUUUGCUUCAGAUAAACAAAUAAACAGUACAGAUGGAAGCUUCAAGGAUGUGAGAAUUCUUGUGCACAACAUUGUCUGUGUAACUAAAAAAACACAGGAUAAUGGUGUAAUGGCAAGGGUUUCUGCAGUAUUUAGAGCCUUUGAUGUUCCCAACAUUCUGUUCAUCGAAAAUCAAAGAAGUGGAUUGGGAAACAUGACGCUUGUUGCUGAGGAGAUCUGGAAUUCUUCCACUGGACAACUUUGCAUGAUUGGUUGCCUUGGAGUUGUGGGUGUAGAAGGUGAUUACUGCAAUUCUCGAAUUUGUUUGUACAUACCUCGGUCAUUCUCCAUUAAACAAAGAAGCAUUCUUCUCGGUAGCAUAUCAAGUAUCGAGACGAGUAAUCCCCCUUACUUCCCUUUGUCACUUGAAAUGCUUUAUCAGAGCUUGGAUUACAUUUCUGACAGUUACAAAUAUGCACAGCCGUUCUAUCACUAUUCAAAAAUUGAUGCAGCAGGUGCUAUACUGGAGAAGUACGAGCCUUUCAAUUUUGGAACUGUCAUCAAGAAAUCAUUGCUGACAUUUCCUACACUUCAGGACUCAGAGGAUUAUUCUGAAAGUCUCAGACUUCUUGCAGAAGACCUUACACUUCAUGUAUCAGCUGUACCUGAUCCUAUACCUGUUUCUCAGCCAUCAAGAACUGACAUUGAGAUGGAGGUGCUUUCUCUUGGUCCCAUGUUUGGGCGUAACUGGUUCUCUAAUGACUCCACGGCUAGUCUUGAAACUCCUUACCACACAAAAGCUGCUUAUACUGAGAGACAGUUGCUUUUGAAUGUUUCCACUCAGUUUAAGCUCAGGGGAGGACCUUAUAAGAACUUUUCUAUGCUGUUUCUGGAGGGUAUUUAUGAUCAGCACGUUGGAAGGAUGUAUUUGAUUGGUUGCAGAGAUGUCAGGGCCUCAUGGAAGAUGUUAAAUGAGAGCAUGGACCUUGAAGGCAGCCUCGAUUGUUUGAUUGAAGUCGUUAUUGCAUAUCCGCCCACUACAGCUCAAUGGCUAGUUACUCCAACAGCUAGUGUUUCCAUAUCCAGUAAAAGGACAGAAGACGACCCUUUCUACUUUCAGCCAGUCAAGCUUCUCUCUCUUCCUAUUAUGUACAGAAAGCAGAGAGUAGAUAUUCUUUCUAGGAGUGACUUUGAGGGGAUUCUCAAGAUUUUGACCCUCUCUAUUGCCAUUGGUUGCAUACUGAGCCAACUUAUUUAUACAAGAGAUUCUGCAGAUUCUCUUCCUUACAUGUCUCUUGUCAUGCUAGGAAGUCAAGUCAUUGGAUACGCUCUUCCUCUUGUUAUUGGUGUACAAGCUCUUUCACGGAACAACAAUUUGGAGGCUUCUGAAGAUCUUGAGAGGAGUGAGUGGAUGAAGGUAAUUGACUAUGUUGUGAAGCUUCUUGUGCUGACUGGCCAAACGCCUACUUGGAAAGAGCAAUAUGUGGACACAACAGGAAUCCCUCACACAUUGAAGCCUUGGGAAACUCUUUUUCAGGAGUACAUAGGUUUGCUUCAAGAUCUUUUCCUUCUUCCGCAGUUGAUUGGAAAUAUUUUAUGGCAGAUAGACUGUAAGCCUCUUCGAAAACUAUAUUACAUGGGGAUCACUAUUGUCAGACUUCUUCCUCACGUGUAUGAUUUUAUUAGAGGGCCAGUAUCUAAUCCGUUUUUCUCAGAGGAAUACGAGUUUGUGAACCGAAAUUUUGAUUUUUACUCCGAGUUUGGGGACAUCGCUAUACCUGUUUUGGCGAUAGGCCUUGCAGUGAUAGUGUAUAUACAGCAACGGUGGCAUUACGAGAAGCUUAGAAACACUUUGGCUCUAGGGAAGCAUAUACUUCCUUCUGGAUCAAGAAAGUACGAAAGGCUGCCUACUCAGUCAGUUGAAGCUGAGCUCGUUUCCGGUACAAAUAAAAGAAACGCUCAAGAGAGUGAAGAGUAA